UUUUGGUUAAUCACGCAGCAAGUUUGUUUCGUAAGAAAAACAAAUUGCUCUCCCAUUGGUCGUAAUUAAUAAGAAUUUAUUUAAGUUUACACAAAUAUUUCGUCAGCAAACGAUUAUUUGUGCUUGUAUAUAGUUGUGAUAAAAAACAUACAUACAUACAUAACGACAUACGAUGGAGGAAUAUACACGUGAGCCUUGCCCCUACCGUAUUGUGGAUGAUUGUGGUGGCGCUUUCGCUAUGGGCUGUAUUGGUGGCGGUGUCUUUCAGGCCAUCAAGGGUUUCCGCAACGCUCCAUCGGGCAUGAGCAGACGAAUGCUGGGCAGUUUGACGGCCAUCAAGACACGUUCACCCGUCAUUGCCGGAAAUUUUGCGGUGUGGGGUGGCAUGUUUAGUACUAUUGAUUGCACCCUUGUACAUUUUCGCAAGAAGGAGGAUCCCUGGAAUUCGAUAAUAAGUGGUGCGGCAACGGGCGGCAUCUUGGCAGCUAGGAAUGGUGUACCGGCGAUGGCUGGUAGUGCAAUCAUUGGAGGAGUGCUGCUCGCUCUCAUUGAGGGUGUGGGCAUUUUGUUCACAAGAAUAUCGGCUGAACAAUUCAAAAACCCGUCUCCUCCCACCGAAGAUCCUGCAGCUCUGGGUGACCCUUCCAGUUUCUCGUUUGGCAAUCCCACGUCUAACAAUAAACAAUAUCAAUGAAAAUGUUAUUACAUUAUUUAAUUUGUAUAUGCACAAUAGAUUUUAAUUUAAUGAUAAAA